GUCACGUAGGCUCCGCCCACCAGGAAGUAGAGCUGUGAGUUUCACUCCGCUUUCACUUUCACUCUAAACUUUAACCAAAAAUACCGAUGUAGCCACCCUUUGAUGGCGUGUAAUUAAGGCGUUUUAACGCCGCUUUCAACCUGCGUUUCUGUGCCUGAGUUCACAACUUAUUCUAAACAACCGGAAUAUAGCGGUAAAUAAAUCAACAGCACAGGAGGGUGGUAAUAUCUCUGUAGUUAACUCUCUACUCAUGCUCUGCAGCAGAGGGGUGAAGGAUGGAAGAUGCAGACCAAACCCGGUGGGGGGAACUGCUAAAGUGUCCGGUGUGUCAUGACACCUUCAAGGAUCCCCGCCAGCUGCCCUGUGGACACAGCAUGUGUAUGGACUGUCUGGCAAACCUGCUGGACCACUCCACGGACUCACCUUUCCGCUGCCCGGACUGCAGGGCGGACUUUGGACAGGUCGUCGAGUUACAGAAGAGCUAUGCCCUGGCCAGCAUUGCAGAGGACUUCAGGUUGAUCAAGAAGAGGAGGGAGACGCUGGCUGAAUGUGUCUACUGCGACUGCUGCCCCGAGACAACAACUGCUGCCUUCAAGUCCUGCCUGAAGUGCGAGGUAUCGCUGUGCAGAGAGCACGCGAAGGACCACCUGGAGCUGCCGGCGUUCACCGGACACCCCCUGGUCGAUCCGCUCAGUGACCUGCUGGAGAGGAAGUGCCCGCAGCACCGGGACCAGGUGCUGCGAUAUUACUGCAGCUCGUCCAGGCGCUACGUCUGUAACAUGUGCGCCCUGGAGAGCAAGCAGCUCGGCUCGGCAUCGGACGCCUCCGCCGUCCUGCGACGGCAGCUGACUGACUACAUGGACCAGCACUUUAUAACGCUCCAGCAGCAAAUUAAAGAGUCUAUAGAUGCUGUAAGCAGCCAACAAGAGAAACAGAAAGGAAACCCUCUUGAUCGUCUCAACGGCGUCACGGUGGUCCUGCUCUCUCUGUGGUUCAUCGUUCUCUACUACGCCUACAGCUACUCUGUGGAGAACCAGACACUGGCGGAUGCACUGGAGAGGCAGCAGAGCCGUGUGCAUCACAUUUAUCCCAGCAUUGCAGGACACAUGGCUGAUCAUCCUCUGAAGAGGCUUUCAGGAGAAGACGAAGGAUCUGUCAUGUUGGACCUGGACACCGCCAGUCGUCUCCUUGGACUUUCUGCUGACCUCCUGACAGUGGAGAGAGUCAAAGCGGCGCUGCAUUAUCCCAUCAGCGACGGCCGCUUCGACCAAGCCCCGCAGGUGCUCUCCGCCCCCUGCUUCUCCUCCGGCGCCCACGUCUGGGAGGUGGAGGCCGAGGGCUGCUGGGACAUCGCCGUCUCCUACCGGAGCGUCCCGCGAAGGAGCAGAGACGGCAGCAGCUCAUUCGGAUACAACUCGGAAUCCUGGAGCCUGUCCCACAGCGGGCAGGGCGAGCUGUUCGCCUUCCACGAUGGACACAAAACCGCUCUGUCUGGAUCUUUGCGCAGCAGCAGCAGCAGGAUAGCGGUGGAGGUGAACUUUGAGGAAGGCAGGAUCAGCUUUAGCGCCGUGAGCUCCACCAAGACGCUGCUGCAUGAGUUCCAGGCGGAGCUGACGCAGCCUGUGUGUUUGGGUUUGGGUCUCCAUCACGUCGACCCGCCCAGCAGAGCCUCCAUUGUGAAGGUUUCAUGACGCUUAAUUACAGCGCAGGAAUAAAUAUUUAAAUAGAGGUUUUUGAUUGUAUGAGUAAACUUUUCUGGGUUUUGAUUUUUCACAAUAUGAAUGUUAUGUUUUACGACGGAGGUAAGAAAGUCAAAUUAAAACAAUAUAUUUUUUAAUUUUUUAUGAUGGACCAAGGUUGCUGUUUUUUUUAAGCAUUUCAAAGUUGUUUUGAUAAAGUUGCAAGGUUUUAUUUUGAGAAUAAUCUAAUUCACUUUCUAAUUAAUUCUUUAAAUCACUGAUUUGAUUGAUUUUAUGUUUACAGUAAUGAUGAUGGAGGAUUAGGGCCAUACUAAGAAAAAGUUAAAUAAAAUUACCAGAAUAAAGUCAUAAUUUAACGUUAGUAAAGUUUAAAUAACUUUACUAACAUUAUUCUGGUUGUACCAUUACCAGAAUAAAGUAACAUUACCAAUUUAUUCUCGUAAUAUUUCUUCUCAAAAUGACUUUAUUCUCAUAGUGUUACUUUAUUAUUGUAUCACUUUAUUGUAAUUUUUAACAAAAUACAGAAUACUUGACAAAAAGUCUUUCAAAUUACAGUGAUUUAAAGAAUUCAUAAGACUAUUAGAUUGUUCUGAAAGUAAAAUCUUGUCAUUUUAUCUAAACUUUGAAAAUCCUGUCAUCUGAUAGUGUGUGAUCAGAUUACCAAACAAUUCUUGUGGGAUUUCUGAUAAAUUACUCCUGAUUCCAGCCUUAAGUGUUGGGAUGAAGUCACAGGAAGGAAACACGUUUUUCCCUCCAAAAGGAAUUUUCUGUUUCAGCUCAUCCAGGAAUGACCUCUGACCUUCUGAGAGGCAGUAAUUUGCAAAACUGUCCAAACAACCCCUCUCGACCAUAAACCCACACAAUUAGAACUGCCACACCGCUGAGGGAGUUGAAGUACAGAA